UCAUUCAACCGACAUUUAAUGGACAGUCUGUCUGUGAAGAUCAUUGAGCUAAACAGUAGUAUUCCAUCGGAAAAAAGCCUCGACGAGUCCACUGAUGACGAUAGUGCUGUAGGGUACAGUAGGCACCAAGUACAGUUUACAUCUUGUUUGAUUACUUUGAGAACAUUGGCGAAAUUCCUUGGCUAUCUUGUGUUUUUACCGUAUCAUCAAAAUGAAGAAUUACCAGCUACAACUAAAGAAACAAUCAUAAGAACCAGAAAUCAGAUGACUCCAGAUCUUGAUGUCAUGCACUACCUAAAGAAAGCACGUGACGAAGGAAGACUUGUACUGACGAUACCUUGGGUUAUUGAAUAUCUGAGUAUGAUUGAUGCAAUCAGUCCAUCACUUCAUUAUUAUGCUCAAGUAUUUCACUUCUUAUAUCACAUAUACAGAAAAGAGCUGCCUUCAAUAAACAAGAAUCGGGAGAAUUUAUUGUUAACUACUGGUUUAGGGUGGUUGUUUGAGAUGCCAGUUAUUCCUGAUGCAAUGUUUGCCAAAUACACCGAGUUUAGCGACAGGCACUCUUCAUUGAAGAUAGCGACAAGGACCAACUCCUUUACGGGGACUGAUAUGGACAUGGUUGAUCAACAUCUUCUGUACACGUGUUGUCCAUAUCUUGGUGAGCUUCGGGUAAUUCUUGCAGAAGCUGUUGUGGGAAAGGCUAAGAAAAGAGGUCAAAUGAAGAAAAUUAAACCAAUUAGUGCAGAUUUUAUGGAACCAACGAUCAAAUCGUCACCUCUUCAGACUCAACUUGAGGAAAACUUCUUUCGGAAUCAACCGGAACAUUUGAAAAAAGAUGUUGAUUUCAUAACGUUAAGGAUAUAUCACAAUAUGAUACAGUUGUUAAAGGAUUGUGUAAUCUCGUCGGAACACGAGCAAGCGAAACAAGAUAUGUUGAAUACGAACUUGUUUAAAGAUAUAAGAGAUUGGCGUGAUGUGAAUAAGGAUGAAUUCAAGGAGAAACACAAGGUGUUGCUCAUGAAGAUUAGUGAUAGAAUGACAGAUGGAGUUAUGGAAAGAAUUUCCAACGAAGUUAACAAGAACUGCAAGUCGCGGUCGAUCAUGGCUGUUCGAAGUUUAGCAUCGCAUGACAUGAAUGAAAUAGUCAUAAAGACUGUUGCUGGACUCGUCCACAAGUCGGCGAUGAGUAAACUAAUACAAUGGAUCCAUCAAAAUCUUAGUGGCAUUGUCGAUAAAACUAUACGUAAGGACGUGGAUAAAAUGAUUGCAAAAGAGCAAAAUCUUGAUUUGAAUUCCUACCGUCUACAUGCAAACGAUCCUGAGCAUCCUUUUAAUUGGUUUUAUCAACAUCUUCUUCACAAAAACUCUGAUACGAAACAUUCGGAAGACGAACGCACCAAAAUUACUGCAAAAGAGUGAUGGCGAAUGGAAAUGGAUACUGGAAUGUACGGAAAAUAUUAAAUUGUUGUUAGUAAAGUCGCACCAAAAUUACUGCAAAAGAGACAUGGCGUAUAGAAAUGGAUACUGGAAUGUACGGAAAAUAAUAAAUUGUUGUUAGUAAAGUCUCUGAGGUGAAUUAGAAGAAACAUGGAUCUUUGGUUGCAUUGAGAAAUUCCAAGGAAACGUUUAUCUAUGAAGAAGGAAUCACAGCCUCUCCGUAGAACAUAAAAAGAAUUGGAAUAUAUCAUUUUGGACUUUUUAUAUUUAGUAAUUUAGUGAGCUUUGUACAUGUACAGUCAUUUAUUUUUAUCUAUCAACAAAUUAUUUUUGAGACAAUGAAAAGCGCAACUUUUCUAUUGAGCUCACGACGAACCUUUGAUAAAAAGUUAAAAUUUUAAAUUAACCUUUCUCCCCCGCUGAAGGUUUCGAUGAUGAUAUAAGAAAAUCUUUGUAAUUAAAAUAUCAUGCAAAUUUCAA